AUGAAGGAGGGCUACGAUGGGGGGGCAAUGGCGGAGAGCCCCCUGGGGCAGCAUCUCGUGAAGAUGAUCGGAAAUGUUUGCUUCUCCUUCUUCGCCCUGUCCGUCCUGAUCUUCACCGUCAUCGCCGUCACCUACCAGCCCGCGGAUCCCUGGUUCGACUCCACCAAGGCCCUCGUCAGCCGCUCCUUCUCCCAGACCCUCUCCAACUCCACAUUCCAGACGGACACCUCGCUCCUCACCACCGCCGAGGACCAGGCCGCCGCCGCUCCCUCCGCCGACCCCACUCCGCCGCCGCCCUCGGCGACGCUGCUCGCCGGCCCCAACGCCUCGUCUGCCCUACUGUGCGACGGCGGAGAGGGGGAUCUGCCCUUCAACUGCUCCCACCCAGGCGUCCUCGACGCCAUCCGCAGGUCCCACGCGAAGAACUUCAAGUCUCUGAUCUUCAUCUCCUACGAGUCCCCCGUCGCCGGCUCGUCCCCCGACAGAUGCGAGGUGGCGUGGUGGUUCCGCAACCGGCGGGAGAAGUCAUGGCGGAGAUAUCGCGACUACCGCUGGUUCGUCCUCACCCCCGGCGAGAACUGCACAUUCAAGGUCACCAACGUUGGGAAGUACAGAUCCGGCGGCAAGGCCGGCGGCCAGAACAGGCGGAGCAAGGUCGCCGGCGGCGCCGCCCCCAAUUCUUCACCUCUGUUGAAGGUCGCCGACGCCGACAUCAACGAUACCAUCCCCGUGGUCAGAUCUGAGUCGGAAUUCAAGAAGGGGCGGUACCUGUACUACUCCCGAGGAGGGGACUACUGCAAGGGGAUGAAUCAUUUCCUGUGGAGCUUCCUCUGCGGCCUCGGGGAGGCGCAGUUCCUGAACAGGACGUUCGUGAUGGAUCUGAGCAUCUGCCUGUCCUCCUCCACCAAUCCGAACAAGAAAGACGAAGGGAAGGAUUUCAGAUUGUACUUCGAUUUCGAGCACCUCAAGGAGUCGGCGUCGAUCGUGGAGGAAGGGGAGUUCCUGAGGGACUGGAAGAAGUGGGAUCAGCCGUCUAGCGGCGGGAAGAAGCAGCGCCGCCAGAGCAUCGCGGUGAGGAAGGUGGCGACCUACAAGGUGACGCCAAUGCAGCUGAAGAAAGAUCAGAGCACCAUUCUCUGGCGGCAGUUCCCAGGGCCAGAGCCAGAGAACUACUGGUACAGGGUCUGCGAGGGGAGGGCCGCCAAUUUCGUGCACAGACCAUGGCAGGCGAUCUGGAAGUCCAAGAGGCUGAUGAACGUCGUUUCUCAGAUCGCCGGGAAGAUGGACUGGAACUACGACGCAGUUCACGUCGUCCGAGGGGAGAAGGCCAUGAACAAGGAGCUCUGGCCCAACCUAGAUGGGGACACCUCUCCCGACGCGCUCGUCGACAAGCUCACCAAGGUCAUCCAGCCACGGCGGAACCUCUACAUCGCCACCAACGAGCCCUUCUAUCACUACUUCGACAAGCUGAGAUCCCACUUCACGGUGCAUCUCCUCGACGACUUCAAGGACCUCUGGGGAAACCAGAGCGAGUGGUACAAUGAAACCAGAGAGCUCAGCGACGGCCGGCCGCCGGAGUUCGACGAGCACAUGAGGGUGGCGGUGGACACAGAGGUGCUCUACAGGGCGAAGACCCGGGUCGAGACCUUCAACAACUUGACGAGGGACUGCAAGAACGGCAUCAACUCUUGCUGA